GUGACGUAAAAUCAUCGCCAUAAUAUGCGAGUUGCGAAUUCAACGAGGGUCAAGAUGCAUGUUCAAUGUCACUGCAUUUUUACAACAUUCUGGAAUAUGUAAGCUGUCCCUAGAUGAAAAUACGAUCCACAUCAGGACAAACGACGAUAUAUCUGAGAUAAGGCUGUGACCAUCAUCCCUCCCUCUUGCCAUCUGUCUGCCAUGUCCACCCAGGCAAGUAAACUGUUUGUGGUGGCGGUGCGGUCUGCAUGUUGCCACCCCGGGGCUAGGCCCACCCUGAAGCAGCCUGCCUCUCCCUGUAGCCUCAGGGUCCUGCUCCAGAGACGGGCCUUCAGCCUGGACUCGCUGUCCUCCGGCCCCGGCCGGCCACAGCCCCAACAGGCUAGAACAGACCGGACAUCCCCCUCUUCAGCCCCAACCCACAGGAACCUGUCUGCUGUGGCUGUCUCUGUCCAGGACCAGAGUCGCCCGCUGUGCAGGUAUGACUUCCUGGACCUAGGGGAGGUAGAGGAGAACACUCAGAGGGCUCAGCUCUGUAGAACCAUCAGAAGGUUCAUCAUAGAGCCAGCCCUGGCCAAACUGGUCACACACCACCUAGGACCUGACCUGGAGGACAGCAAGGCCGCUAUAUUUGAAUGUAACCCAGGCCCAGGGGUGUUGACUCGGACUCUGCUGAAUGCUGGAGCUCAGAGAGUGGUGGCGCUAGAGGGCGACAAGUCCUUCCUACCUGACCUGCAGGCUCUGGAGAGUCGUCUGGAUGGUCAGCUGGAGGUGGUCCACUGUGAUUUCUUCAAGCUGGACCCUAUGGGCAGAGGCAGCAUGAGACCUCCGGCCAUGUACUCUGACAAACUGUUCACUGACCUGGGCAUAUCAGAGGCAAACUGGACCGAUGAGGUUCCAGUGAAGGUGGUUGGCAUGUUCCCCCAGCGCGUUGAGAGGAGUCAGCUGUGGAAGUUGGUGUAUGUUCUGUUUGAUCGGCUCUCCAUCUACCGUUACGGACGAGUAGAGCUCAACCUGUUCAUCAGCGAGAAGGAAUACCUGAAACUGAUGGCUAAGCCAGGGGACAUGUUGAACUACAGAGCCUUUGGAGCUUUAUGGCAGAUAGCAUGCCACAUCGAACUGCUACACAAGGAGCCGUGGGCAUCGUUUGUGACCUCUUCUAAGUACAAGCUGGCCAUUCCAAAGAGCAGACUUCCUAAUGACAACCUGUGCCUGGUGCGAAUGACACCUCGCAAGGACCUGUUCUCCUCCUCGCUGACCCCCUCCAAUGCAGCCACCCUGGUCAUGAUGGUCAAACAAUGUUUGGCCAAGAGGAAGGCCCGGCUAGUAGACCGGCUCAAUAUGUGGAGUCCAGACAGUGGUCCUAAGCUACUGAAGGAGAUGGGGAUGCAGGAGGAUGUACUGACGGGCCAUGUCUACCCAGAGGAGUACAAACGGCUGUUUGAACUGGUGGAUAAGUCCCAGGAGUUCACCCAGAGCUGGCUGUAUGAGGAGGUACUGGAGAACACCCUGAAGGAGGGCUGGAUGUAGACACACAGCGCCACCACUAGGACUGGAGGGGUAGUGCAGCCAGGACUGACAAACUGGCUGUCAGAGGCUACAAUUCUAGAUACACCCAAGUUGUUGGACUGUUGAACCACUCCCCACGUCAUUUUAGGGUUGUCCUGAGAUGAUGUUGAGUUUGGUAUUUAACCUUUUUUUAAAGGGGCAACAGUGUUUGGACUGAGCUCUAUGUGAGUGCUGUCCAGUCGAGCCGAAGAGUUGACUGGUGAAAGGCUGCUGAUCCUACCCACCAUAGGCCGUUUUAUCUAGGGUUGGUUAUGAGUAGCAGCAGAAAGGUUACUUUCUGCAAGGUUAUAAUGAGUCAAUAUGUAUUUAAACCAAUCACAUUUUGUCACUGUUAUUCAUGGGUUUUUAAUACUGUAGUUUUUUUUUUGCUAACACAGCACAUUAAAUGAACUGGGUCAUACUAGUAUGUGUUGCCUGAAAACCCAAUGUUGAAUUGCAUUGAAUAUUACAUCGGGAAGAAAUUAGCGUUUGAAUCAGGAAAGUUUCCUCUCAUGACCGCUACAAGCCAGAUUGUUGAAUUAAAUGAUAUUUUAAAGUACUUCACCAGGAAUGUGAGACAAUAUAUCCACAGGAAAGUAUGAUUACAUCAACUUUUCAAAGCGCUUGUAGUGCCUUCAGAUUUAUAUCAUUUGAAGUAUGCGCAGAACCAUGUGAAGACGUGCACGAGCUUGGCAAGGAUGCAUGCAUUUGUAUCUUGUGCGCAUGCUUCAGGUAAGAACUCUGAAAGCAAUAGCAGCACUUUGAAAAGUUGCUGUAAUUUUACUUUCCUGUGGAUAUACUGUCUCGCAUUCCUACCUGCAAAAGUACCAACUGCACGGACAACCAGUAGAGUAUAUUAAAAUAACAUUUUAUUCAACAUUCUGGCUUGUAGAGGUCGUGAGAGGAAAUGUUCCUGACUCAAACGCUCGUUUCUGCCCGACAUAGAAUUCAAUGCAAUUGAACAUCAGGUUUCCAGGCAAUCAUAUGUGCUGACUGGUUUCUACCGCUUGUAUUGUUUUGUGUAUAAGUAACUUUAGUGUACAUGCAAUACCAUGUCUACAUGUAUUGACCGUUCAUUCAAUUAAAUGUACAGUUUGUGGGUAUUGGGGCCUCUUCUAAAUGGUAAGUACUAAAUGUCUGACAGGUUCAAUCACGCAUGGUCAGUCAGUGCCAUUCUGUAUUCACUGAUCGUCGUCAUAUGCCUUAGCAUUCCAGCUGGAAAAAGAUAGUACAUCAAAACUCCUAUUGAGUCGUUUCAUGCUAUAACCAUUGGAGGAAAUGUAAUUAUCAAAAUAAAUAUUUUGAAUUCUA